AGAAAAUUCAAACAAUGCCAAAAAAAAGCACCUGAUCCCGGACCGUACUGUAAUAGAAAAAGGAAAGAGGAAGAGAACAAAAAGCUCAAUUACAGUAAAAGAAUCUCUUUCUUCUUCUUCUUCUUCUUCUUCUUCAUCAUCGUCAUCAUCAUUGCCCUUCUUAACAAUUUUGCACUCUGUCCGAUCAUUUUGAAACAUUCCUAUAUUCUCUGUAGAACCUCCCCAUUCUUCUUCUUCUCUCUAUUGUAAAGUAGGCAUUAGUUAAGGUGUUACUGUACAGGCCGCCCGAAUCCGUUUGAUGGAGUUGUACAGUCGCAUCCCGCCACGGAAUGGGUCUCAAUCGGGUUAUCAGUCCGAAUGGAGCCCCGCUGGUCCUGAGACUGGCCUGGAAGAGUCAAUGUGGCAAUUGUCGUUGGGGGGCACUGAAUCUUACCCGGAGCGGCCUGGGGUACCUGACUGUGUUUACUACAUGCGAACCGGGUUCUGUGGAUAUGGUAAUAGGUGCCGCUACAAUCAUCCUCGCAACCCUGCCUGGGUUGAGGCUGCUGUAAGAGCUACAGGGGUGUAUCCUGAACGACCAGGGGAGCCCACAUGUCAGUUUUAUUUAAAAACUGGGACCUGUAAAUUUGGCGCAUCCUGUAAGUUCCACCAUCCCAAACAAGGAGAUCAAUCCUUUAGCCAAGUUCCAUUGAAUAUAUAUGGAUACCCAUUACGACCGGGUGAGAAAGAAUGCUCCUACUAUUUGAAAACGGGGCACUGCAAGUUUGAUACUACCUGUAAAUUCCAUCAUCCUCAACCAGCUGGAACAUCAAUUCCAGCAUCUGCACCUCAAUUUUAUCAGCCGGUGCAGUCUCCUUCAGUCCCUAUAACUGAACAGUAUGGAGGUACAUCCACCAGUGCAAGGCCUCCUAUAUUACCUGGUUCAUAUGUUCAGGGGGCUUAUGGCCCUGUUCUGUUUUCCCCUGGGGUGGUUCCUAUUCCGGGUUGGAGUCACUACUCGGCACCUGUAAGCUCAGUACUCUGUCCUGGUGUGCAACCUGCUGUUGGGGCUACUUCUCUCUAUGGACUAACACAGCUGUCUUCUUCAACACCUUCACAUGCAGGACCUUAUCUUUCCUUGCCCUCUUCUAUGAGCCCUUCAAGUGGUAACCAGAACAAUCAAACAUUUCCAGAGAGACCCGGUGAGCCUGAAUGCCAAUACUAUUUGAGGACUGGCGACUGUAAAUUUGGAUCGUCUUGUAGGUAUCAUCAUCCUAGAGACAAGGUUGCGCCAUGGACAAAUUGCAUCCUCAGCCCAAUGGGACUUCCUUUACGUUCAGGGGGGCAGCCUUGUUCUUUCUACUUGCAGAAUGGGCGCUGCAAGUUUGGGUCCACAUGCAAAUUCGAUCACCCAAUAGGAACAAUGAGAUAUAGUCCGUCAUUGUCAUCUCUCAUUGAUAUGCCAGUUGCUCCCUAUCCAGUUGGAUCUCUGCUGGCUACAUUGCCCCCUUCUUCCACUUCUUCCGAGUUACGGCCUGAGUUGAGUUCAGGGUCUAAGAAGGAUUCUUAUUUGAGCAGAAUUCCUUCUUCAAGCACAUCUAGCAGUUCAGUUGGUUUGAUUUUUUCACAGACAGGUUCUGUUCCCCUUUCUGAUUUGCAGCAUUCAAGUCAGAAUUCUGUUCCUUUAUCCAGUACCAGAAGCACGAGACAGGGUGGUGAGGUUCAUCGCUCAAACUGAUAAAAUGCUGGAGCCAUUCUUCAUUAUCUUGCAGAUGUGGUUUUACCAACCACGAUAUAUUUUCUGUUAAUAGAUCUCAGUAAAUUAUAGUCAAUAGUGCAAAGUUACAUUUCUCAGCAGCAAAGGGUUAUCAACCGAUCUGCCUUACCUCACAAUAGGACCGAUGGUUUCUUAUGAUUAGCUUGUCCUUUCAUUACCAUCAAUAUUAUCUGCAAUAAGCUUCUGUAGCAAACAUUGUAUGAAAUACUACCCCUUUGUUCUGAAUUCUGAAUAAUCACGACAGAAAGCCAAUAUAUCAGGUUAGCCUGUUACUGUACCUUCAACUUGAUGUUUUCUGUACUCAUCAAUUUGCAGUGAAGACUUGAUAAAGGAUUCUGUCA